UUUGUCACCUGGGCCGCUGCCGGCCUUAGGAGAGCCUUGGGCCUUGUUCGCCGGCCAAGCCCCGGGGAAGCCGCUCGCGGGAACCCGACGCGAGCUUGGCUGGAGGUGUCAGCGGAGCUCCGGGGAGGGGGAGGGCAGCGGCCGGGCUAGACAGGCCGGAAGGUGACCCUCACAGCAGAGGCCAGAAAGGAGGCGGGCAGGGCGGGCAGGGCCGGAGGGCAGAGCGAGGUGGGGGAGGGAGAUGCCGCCGCCGCCGCCCCGAGAGAAGCCCGAGCUUUGCCUGCCGCUUCCGCCGGACGCCCCCUCGAAAAAAGACUGGGCGCGGCCCUCCCCGCGAGCCCAUCCUCCUCAAGAGGCCCCGGCGCCCUCGGACCCGCACCCCCCCCGCCCCGCUCCGCCCCGCCUCCCCGGGUGGGGGCUGGCGCGUCCCGAAGACUGCUGCGGGCCACCUCUGCGCUUCGAGGGCAGCGUGGCAGAGGCUCCUCCGCCGCGGCCCUUCGCCUGAGCGCCGCGCCCGCCCUCCGCUGGCCCCGAGGGGACGGCCUAAGCGCGCCGGGCUCUCCUGCCGCGCGCCCCACCCCCGCCCCUGCCGACAAUGGUGACUAUUGAGGGCGCGUCCGCCGCGGCCUCGCCGGAGGAGUGGACGCGGCCGGGACCGCCGAGCUCGUCCGUCUCUUCUCCCCGCACUUCCCCCGCGGGUCCUUCCUUGCCGCCGCCGCCGCCUCCCCCGCCGGCCGUGAGCCUGGUCGACGGCGCGCCCUGCGAGGGGGCGGCCGAGGAGCCCUCCGCGCGGCGCCCGGUCCGUCUCCGGAACUUCAACUGGGAGGCUAUUCCGGCGGAGCGCAUCCGCGGGCGCUCCAACCUCUGGACGGCGGCGCGACGGCGCGGCGACUGGACGCCCGACCGGCGUCUGCUGGAAGAGCUCUUCGGGCAGCGGCCGGAGCCGACCUGCAACGGCCUCCGGGCCUUCCCCGCGACGGAGCAGGCCUCCCUUUUGGAUGCCAAGAAAAUCCUGAAUCUAGGAAUCUUCCUCAAGCAGUUCAAGAGGCCAGUUGAAGACAUCGUGGCUGAUAUCCGCCAUGGCACAGGAGUCCCUUAUGGGCCGGAGAAGCUGCUGGAGCUCUUUAAGAUGCUUCCGGAUGGGAAGGAGGUGGAAAAGCUGGAGUCUUUCCAGGGUGACCGGAGCCGCCUCUCGGAGGCCGAGGUCUUUGCGCUACUUCUCGUCCAAGUGCCCAGCUACGCCCGUCGCCUGGAGAUCCUCGUGCUGAAGCUGCAGCUGCUCCCCCAGCUCAGCGCCCUCCAGUCGGCCAUCCAGACCCUGACCGAGGCUGCCCUGGAGCUGCUGGGUUGCGAAGAGCUUCACGACCUCCUUCGGCUGGUGCUGGAGACGGGGAACUACCUAAACGAGGGAGGCUAUGCCGGGUCUGCCUGCGGUUUUCACAUCUCGUCCCUCCUGCGGUUGCCAGACACGAGAGGCAACCAGCCUGGCAUGGACCUCCUUCACUUUCUGGCCUUGGAGGCUGAGAGGAAGGACCCCGGCCUUCUGCACUUUCCCCGGAAGCUCCAGCACGCAGCCCCUGCUUCACGCAUCGAUGGCCAGGAGGUGGCGGCGGAAUUGCAGAGCCUGGAGCAGCGUCUCUUGGGAGCUCGGGGGGACCUGGAGGGUCUGGGCUUGGAGGGCCAGAUGGGGCCCUUCCUGCACACGGCAGAGCUGCGACUCGAGGCCGUGAAAGCCGCUCAGCAAGACCUCCAGUGGGCUACGGCCAGGCUCGCCGACUUCCUCUGCGAAGAUCCCGAGGCCUUCCGCUUGCCCGAGUGUUGCGGCAUCUUCCACGCCUUUGGGGAGCGUUUCCUCACAGCCAUCGAGGAGAACCAGGCCCGGGAGGCCGCCAUGCACCGAGAGCAGCAGCGGAGGCAGCAGGAGCAAACCAAGCAGGCGAAGCAGAAGCGGCGCUCCAUUGCCACCUGCUCCUCCCAGGAUCCUGGCUUGCGGGACCUGGACCUGGAUCUGCUUGCCCUCUGGACUCCCCCCUCUGGCCGCCGCAGCCGCCCCCCACGAGGUCCUCGCCCCUCUGCAGCGAGGCCCCAGCACCUCAACCGGCGCCACACCCUCACCGUGCUGUCCCCGUGCCCUGAGCCCCUGGAGGCUGUCCCCCAGCCCCCUCCCCCAACCCCCCCGAGCCGUAGCAAGAAGGCCGGGGGCUUUGGUCAGAGCCUCAAGGCCUUGUUCAGCAGCCCCCCAGCCCUGCCUGCCUCCGCCCAGGGCCCCCUCUCCCCCAGCACCUUCCGCCUGCCUGCCCUCUUCCAAGCAAAGGGGCCAGAGAGCCCCUCGUCCCCCACCUCCAAGGAGGUCUGUAGCCUGGUGGGAUUCCUGCGUCGGCUUAGUGUCGGGGAGAAGCCCCGCAGCCCCUCCUAGUUCGAGGCUGGGUCCCUGUGCCCCCCCCCAGUCCUUCCUGUUCCCUCCAUGUGGGGGGCCAGACAG